UCCCUCCCCACAGCCCGCAGAGCACACGGACGAGCAGAACGGGACGGAUCCCAUGGAUGUUCAGAACGGGACAGAUCCCAUGGAUGUUCAGAACGGGACAGAUCCCAUGGAUGUUCAGAACGGGACAGAUCCCAUGGAUGUUCAGAACGGGACAGGUCCCUGGCAGCAGACCCUACAGGCGGUGCUGAAUGCCCUGAACCACACGGUGCACGGGGGGAUGGCCUGUCCCGACCCGCGGCUGGGCAGUGCCACACACGGUGACCGCGCUGGCCGCAAUGACAACGCCUACAUGUACAUCCUGUUCGUCAUGACGCUGUUCGCUGUCACCGUGGGCAGCCUCAUCCUGGGCUACACCCGCUCCCGCAAGGUGGACAAGCGCAGUGACCCCUACCACGUCUACAUCAAGAACAGGGUCUCCAUGAUCUGAGCCUUGUCCCGGAGCCACGGGGCUUGGGGUCACCGUGCUGGGCACAUCCCGCUGGCUGUGGGGUGUGCUGCUGGCCCCAAAGCUGCUGGGAACCCCCAAAGCUGCUGAGAAACCCCAAAGCUCCUCAGAACCCCCCAGAGCUACUGGGAACCCUGUAAAG